AUGGCGGAGCGGGGCCAGCUUGAGGGGACUGAGCGGGAGACUGCAGAAGAUCAGGCAGGGCACGCCUUCUCCGUUGCGAUUCCUCGUUCUGUCACCACCUCGCUAUUUUCCCAAACCAGUGGCAACAAUGUGCCAGUGCAGUUGGGUUUCCUGGAUUCCACCCCAAACCUGAUCCCAGCCCCGCCUCUGCUCUUGGUCCCUGUGGAGCCUGACUUCCAGAAUGAGCAGUUCCAGGGGAAAUGGUACUUCUUAGGAUUGGCAGGGAACGGAUUCAAUAAAGAAAAGCACAGGAGGAUGAAGAUGUACAUUGCCAACUACGAGCUGAAUGAAGACAACAGCUACAAUGUCACCUCUACUGUGGCCUGGAACCAGACCUGUCAUCCCUCGACCAAAAUUUUCCUCCCAAAUUUGCAUCUAGGCCAAUUCAACCUGGGCAACAUUGAGCGUUAUACUGGAAUCCAGAACUACACUUCAAAAGUGGUGACCACAGACUACAACCAGUUUGCCAUACUGUACUUCAAGAAAGUUCAUGACAACCAGGAGUACAUCAAGGUCAUCCUCUAUGGGAGGAACAAGGACCUGCCUUCUGUACCGAAGGCAAUCUUCAUCAGCUUCAUCAAAUCCCUGGGCCUCACUGACGACCACAUCAUCUUCCCUAUCCCCAAUGAUGAGUGCAUGGAUAAGUAA